UGCAUCCUCAUGUCUAUUUAUACCAUCUCCCCCUUGGAUCAUGUAUUUUCAAACUCGCUCAUUUCACACACAGUUUGACCAUGAUGAAGGUAGCAAUCGCUGGGACCAGUGGGCUCGCCCAAUACAUUGCCCACUACAUCUCGACGCAAACGUACCACCAAUUUACUUCCUUUCCCGAUAUAGCAACCCAGGCCUCGCUGCGAAAGGCUGGCAAGUACUGGAAGUUGACUACAGCAAUAGCAGUAGCCUUCGAUAUGCCCUAACAGGAAUCGAUACAUACGCAGUUUUCGCCUGCGGUAUAUUCUACGAACGCUUUGCGCCAGGAGGCAUGGCAGCGUUUCAACUUGGUAAGGGUACGUAUAUAGAUGGUGAGGGGGAAUAUCUCAUGAAUAUCUGCAUGAUGAAGGCUGAGAUUCCUUAUUUUAAUGUUUUGGGGGCGCCCGUGGUCGUGUGUAUGACUUCCGCUCAGGAUUUGGCAAGGUAUAUUGUUGCAGCGCUGGAUUUGCCGCAGUGGACGACGGAGUUUAGAGUAUGUGGCCGCCGGAUGACGCUGGGUGACAUUGUAAAGGAGGCGGAGAUCAUACGAGCUUCUGGUGAUCUGCUGCAUCAAUGGCGGCUGACCCACCUGCUAGCGACAACCGCCGGUUGUUAUGACUUUGGGGAUCUGAAUUUGCAUCCACUAGUCAACGUCAGCCCGCAGAAGUUCCGACACUGGCUCCACGCCGCGUGGACUCCAGCAUUGCAGUAG